GAGCCGGGGGCGGGACGGAGCCGGCGAGGGACCCGGCCGGGAAGAUGGCUGUCCUCGCGCCUCUGAUCGCCCUGGUGUACUCGGUGCCGCGGCUUUCUCGAUGGCUGGCCCGGCCCUAUUGCCUGCUGUCCGCGCUGCUGUCCGCCGCGUUCCUCCUCGUGAGGAAACUGCCGCCGAUCUGCAGCGGUCUCCCGACGCAGCGCGAGGAUGGCAACCCGUGUGACUUUGACUGGAGAGAAGUGGAGAUUCUGAUGUUCCUCAGUGCCAUCGUGAUGAUGAAGAACCGCAGAUCCAUCACCGUGGAGCAGCAUGUAGGUAACAUCUUCAUGUUUAGUAAAGUGGCCAACGCGAUCCUUUUCUUCCGCCUGGAUAUUCGAAUGGGUCUACUGUACCUCACACUCUGCAUAGUGUUCCUGAUGACCUGCAAGCCCCCCCUGUACAUGGGUCCUGAGUACAUCAAGUACUUCAGCGAUAAAACCAUUGACGAGGAGCUGGAGCGGGACAAGAGGGUCACUUGGAUUGUGGAGUUCUUUGCCAAUUGGUCUAAUGAUUGUCAGUCAUUUGCUCCCAUCUAUGCUGACCUCUCCCUCAAGUACAACUGUCCAGGGCUCAAUUUUGGGAAGGUAGAUGUUGGACGCUAUACCGACGUUAGCACACGGUACAAAGUGAGCACGUCACCCCUCACCAAACAACUCCCUACCCUGAUCCUGUUCCAAGGUGGCAAGGAGGUUAUGCGGCGGCCACAGAUUGACAAGAAAGGACGAGCUGUCUCAUGGACCUUUUCUGAGGAGAAUGUGAUUCGAGAAUUCAAUCUGAACGAGCUCUACCAACGAGCCAAGAAGCUGUCAAAGGGUGGAGACAGUGUGUCGGAAGAGAAGCCUGUGGUCCCUGCUCCGGCUGUGCCAGAUGGGGAAAACAAGAAGGACAAAUAGGACCCUGCUUUGUUCUUGCUGCCUCUGGACUUCCGGCACCUUUGAGGCCCAAUUCCAGCUGUAACCACAAUCCCUGCCUGAGGCUGUGGCCGUUUGUUUUCUCCUGUUUGACUGUGCCUGGGUUGGGGCAGGGUGCCUGCUUCUGGUUUUUAAAGAAGCUUCUAGGGAACCAUGAAGCAAUGAAGGACUGUUCUACCCUGGCCAAGUGUUUCUGGAAGGGAGAGAUGAUCUCAUAGAGGUAGAAAAGAUUUCCCUCCAAGGUUGGAUCAGUGUGUAAACUGCUUUUCAACGCUUGGAUAUCACCAGGCUGUGGUUUCAUUAUUCCUCCUAGUGAGCCUGCAAAGCAUCGACUAAAUUAAGCUCUAAUAUUAGAUGUCAGAGUAUGAAGCACUAAGAAUUCUUCCUCAAGGAGCCGUUCUUCCUUUAGGCCUUUCUGGUUUGAUCUGUAGCAUUCAUAAAACAGUUCAUCUUAAGGGAUUGGUGAGAUGGCCCAGUAGUUAAGGGCACUGACUCUCCCGGAGGAUGCCUAGCAGUCGCAUGGGGGCCUGGACUGUCUGCAUCUGUAGUCCAGGCACUCCAACAUCACCUCCUGGCCUUGGCUGGCCCUGUAUGCAUGUGGUGCACCAUCAUCCAUGAAGGCAGAACACCGAAAAGGGGUGUGUGUUGUAAUUUAAUCUUUAAGUGUCGCUGAUCCCGAUGAAAAACCUUCAACCAGAAUUUCCAUCGUUGGAAAUAGAUUUGAAUGAUCCGCCUGUAUUGGGAAACUAGAGGAAGGACAAUGUAAGCUUGAGAGUUUCUUUUGCGUUUUGGGACCAGAAGAAAGUGCCAGGGCUGGGGCAGCCGUUUUCUCCUGCUGUCCACACAGCUUUCCCUAAUAAAGGGAUUGUUAUUUUGA